UUACCAAGAACAAGAAUGUUCGAAGAGAACUCACAAAUCUGGAGCAUGUCAAAUGAAUUCUGCCCACAUGGCACUGUUCCAAUUAGAAGAACAUCUGAAAAAGAUUUCCUCAGAGCAAGCAAUGUUAAAAGAUUCGGCAAGAAACUCCGAAACCCUAUUCGCAGAGAUUCUUCCACAAACGGCCACGAACAUGCUGUUGGAUAUGUGAGUGGAGAUGAAUACUAUGGAGCAAAAGCAAGUAUUAAUGUAUGGGCACCUAGGGUUUCAAAUCAAUUUGAAUUCAGUUUAUCUCAAAUGUGGGUUAUAGCUGGUUCUUUUGGUGAUGAUCUCAACACCAUUGAAGCUGGUUGGCAGAUAUGCUUCAUCGUGAAGGAGCGUCUACAGUACGACCACCUCUCUUGGAUGGAUCAAAUUACUCUUACUGGAAAUCGAAGAUGA